AAGAGAGACCACAUCCCAGACAGCACGAGGCAAAAAAACAGCAAAUUCCUUCAUUUGAACCUGGGGAGAGAAACCACCCAACAGCACACAGCAGCAGACAUCCCCCUUAAACGUUUGUUUGCUCCAUCUCUUCCAGGAUACCUUGGAACUCGAAGUGACAACAACGAGUGCUCACGCAUUUUGAACUUGAUGGAGGAAUUUGAUUUGUCCUGGCUUCAGGAUGAUAAUGGUGGAGAAUGGAACUCAACUGAGGCCUUCACUGAUUGGAACUCAACAGACUGGAACACAGGGGAACGGAUGCAUGUGAAGCUGCAAGCCCACCAAAUUCUAAAUGUGCUUCUUUAUUUUCUGAUUAUCGUGCUGGGUGUUCCGGGCAAUGCUGUGGUCAUUUGGAUCACAGGAUUUAAAAUGAAGCGCACAGUCAAUUCAGUCUGGUUCUUAAAUCUGGCUUGUGCUGACCUCCUUUGCUGCCUCAGCCUCCCUUUCAUGAUGUAUAAAAUUAUUCAUGACCAUCAUUGGCCCUUUGGUUUGCAAAUGUGCAGGGCGGUCAAUGGCUUCAUUCUUCUUAACAUGUUCUGCAGCAUCUUUUUGCUUAUUGUCAUCAGCCUGGACCGUUUCAUCCUGGUGGCCAAACCGGUGUGGUGUCAGAACCAUCGCAACCCUCACUGCGCCAGUAUGUUGUGUUUGCUGGUGUGGGUGGUCUCUCUUCUCCUCACCCUUCCAUUAUUUAUUCACCGUAGAGAAUAUAAAGAUAAUUUUACUGAUAAGAUCAUAUGUGAGCCUGACUUCAGCUACUUUGGUCAUAAUAUCCAGAUGGCAGAGUUAGGGGUAACAAUCUAUCAGUUCUUGAUGGGCUUCCUCUUCCCAUUUGGUUGUAUCACUGUUUGCCAUUUAUUCAUAUUUCAACGAGUGACUCAGAAUGGCCGAAGAUUUAGUAACAGGUCAAAGAAAACAAUGCAGGUGAUCUCUGUGGUGAUUCUAGCCUUUUUUUUUUGCUGGCUGCCAUAUCACAUUAUGAAAUUCUUGAUUGCAGUCACUCCUUUCUCCUCCACAUGGCACUUCCAUCUGCUGAACAUCAACUUCUUUGCGGUCACUCUGGCCUACUUCAACAGCUGCCUAAACCCCCUGCUGUAUGUAUGCAUGGGCCAGGACUUCAAGGAGCAUGUGUGCAAGUCCCUGAGGGGUGUGAUGGAGAACUUCAUGAACGAUGAUCUGCCCUCUCGUUCUAUGGCCACCACCAAGUCCUCCUCAAUCAGUGACCGAUCAGCUGCAUUGUGA